AUGCUGCCUACUUGGACCAUCGGCCUUCUCCUGCUGGCCGCCGUCAGAGGAAAGGAGAUCUGCUAUGAACCUUUUGGAUGCUUUUCCGAUGAGAAACCAUGGACCGGGACCCUUCAGCGGCCUUUCAAGUUAUUUCCCUGGUCCCCGGAGCACAUCGACACCCACCUACUUCUGUAUACAAAUGAGAAUCCAAAUAACUACCAACUGAUCAAUAUCACUGACCUAUCCACCGUCGAGGCUUCAAACUUCCAACUGGACCGCAAGACACGCUUUAUCAUCCAUGGCUUCAUAGCCAAGGGGGAAGAGGGCUGGAUAAUGGACCUGUGCAAGAAAAUGUUUAAAGUGGAAGAGGUGAACUGCAUCUGUGUGGACUGGAGGCGCGGGGCCUGGACAAGAUACACGCAAGCCGUCCACAACACUCGGGUCGUGGGAGCGGAGAUAGCUUUCUUAAUACGAGAGCUGUCGACCAAGCUGGACUAUGGCCCGGAGAACGUGCACCUCAUCGGCCACAGCCUGGGCGCGCACACUGCUGCUGAGGCGGGCAGGCGGCUGGGGGGCCGCGUGGGCAGGAUCACAGGGCUUGACCCAGCACAGCCAUGCUUCGAGGGCACGCCCGAGGAGGUUCGGCUGGACCCGUCCGAUGCCAUGUUUGUGGAUGUGAUUCACACGGACUCUGCUCCCACAAUCCCUUUCCUGGGCUUUGGAAUGAGCCAAAAGGUUGGCCACCUGGAUUUCUACCCAAAUGGAGGAAAGGAAAUGCCUGGAUGUCAUAAAAAUAUCCUGUCAACCAUCAUUGAUAUAAAUGGAAUAUGGGAAGGAAUCCAAGACUUUGGAGCUUGCAAUCACCUAAGAAGCUACAAGUAUUACUCAAGCAGUAUCCUCAGCCCCGAUGGCUUCCUAGGCUACCCCUGUGCCUCCUACAAUGAGUUUCAGAAGAGUGGCUGUUUCCCUUGUCCAGCUGAAGGAUGCCCCAAAAUGGGGCACUAUGCUGACCAGUUUCGGGGGAAAACCAGUGCCCUGGAACAAAAGUUUUUCCUGAACACAGGAAGCAGUGGUAACUUUACUCGUUGGAGAUAUAGGGUGUCUGUCACACUGGCUGGUAAAAAGAAAGUGAGUGGGUACGUCAGGAUUGCUUUGUAUGGAAGUAACGGAAACUCAAAACAAUAUGAAAUUUUCAAAGGAUCCCUCCAACCAAAUGCAAGUCAUGUGCAUGACAUUGAUGUGGACCUCAAUGUUGGAAAAGUCCAGAAGGUCAAGUUCCUCUGGAACAACAAUGUGAUACAUCUCUCCCGGCCCAAACUGGGGGCUUCCCAUAUUGCAGUACAAAGUGGUGAAGAUAGGACUGAGUAUAAUUUCUGCAGCAACGACACAGUACAAGAAAAUGUUUUACAAACUCUCUCCCCUUGUUAAAAAUGUGCCUCUUUAUCUUUGUGAUAAUAAAAUUUUUAAGGGCCUUGUU